AGUGAAGUACCUGAAUUGAAAUGAAGCAUGUAAGAUUUUGGAUAGCAAAUCUUUUUAGUUUAAUAGAGCCAAGAAACUGUUACAGAAUGUAUUUCUUGGGACUACUUUUAUUUAGAAUAUGUUUAUGUGUGGCCAGCCAGUGUUCUUAUUUAGUCCUUCUAGUCAGGGAUACCAUGCUCUAGUUAGAAUUAUGUCAGCCAUGUCUUCUUCCAGUAUCAUUAGUUUUUGGCUUUUGCAGAAAUUCUUCAGGUUAAUUAGGAUGUUCUUUUCUUUUUGGCAUUCUGCAGUCUGAAGACAGCUUUAGAUUAGAAUAACAGUUUUCUUCAAGGGUAAAAGAAGUACUAAGUAAUUUUAUAUGCGAACACCCUUGGCUUGAGAAAUAUGUCAACUAUUUUUACUCUGGUGUUUGAAAAUCCCAAGGUAAUUAGAAACUGAAAGAACAGAACAGAACGUACACUCAUAAGUAAAACAAGUCACUUGGUAUAAUGUAGAUUCGGACUUGUGUUAUUUUCAUGUUUGGUAGCUGAAAUUUGUGUAGUUGUGGUUUGAAGUUACUUGUGUUCCUGUCCUUAUUUUACUUUUGGGUUUCACAACAGAGAUCAAGUGUUGGUUUUAUACUACGGCUGAGUAGUCUUUGCAUUUUGAGAAAGACCAGGAAAUUGGUAUUUAAGAGUGUUCAUAAAACAAAAAAUAUUCUGCGGUGUGUCGAUAAAUGAUUUUAGUUCACAUAGUAUUCACAAGUGUUGGAGAAUAUGCCAUAUUCAGAGCAAUUGGAGUUAGUAUAAACAAAUAAAAGCUUCAUAAAACAUAAUGGUAUUGGGCAUCAAGGAAAUAUGUUACCUGGUGGCCAGCAUUGAAACUGUGUGUGUGUUUUCCUGUUGUAGUUCUGUUCUUGUUGCUAAAAGAUUAAAAGAAAACAGCUGGCUUAUGUUGUUGUUGUGUUGUGUUUUUUUCCAUUAUGACCCUUAAAGGUUUUUGUAUUCAAAGUUGUGCUAUAUAUUUGAAGUCUUAGUUUCUGGUAGAGAAAUACUUGUAUUGCUCUAGGCAGUUUCUUAAAGUUGCAAAGUAAAAUAAAUGAAGGCUUAGGGCUUGCCUCUGGGGCCAGACCUGGCAUAUCAGAGUUUAAUGGAUAUUACUUAGAAAUCAGAUCAAGCAUUUAUGCAGUCUUAUGACCAGUGCUUAGAUUUUUCAGAGUUUAAGUCAGUCAUGGGCAAUUUUAUCUGGUGCCAUACUCACAAAAGCCUUGUAAGGUUACAGCAGAGAUAGUAAAGAAAAUAUAGGUUAGAAGUUGGCAUAACGGGGAAUCUUAGCUUUACUGCAAAAUAACUUUGAGCAUCAGAUUUCUUAUCUGAGAAAUGAUAAAACGUGCUCAUAAAUGAUAAAGUAUUGAAGUAUUACAACAAUAGCACCUAUUUCCUAAGGGUGUUGUGAGCAUCCCAGUGCCUGCCUGUCACAAUCCCUUGCACAUAAUAGAUCCUUGGUAAAUGUCAGUUUUCUUUAGCAAUAAGACAGCCUGCCUUUCUUCUCCCUUUUCUCAGCCUAUUUUUACCUAUGAGUAGAGUGUUCUACAAGGAUGUUCCUUUCCCAGACUCUACAUUAUGAUCAGACAGAACACCUUCUGUUCCUGACAGAAUCCUUAGGGUUUUGUGUUUUUUUUUUUGUCUGCCAUCUGACGUAAUCCUCUAGGGCAGUACUUUUCUAAUAGAACUUUCUGUGAUGGUGAAAACGUUCUGUGUCUGUACUGUUCACUAUAGUAGCUACUAGCCACAUGUGGCUAUUGAGCACUUGAACUGUGCAAUGCAGUUGAACUGAAUUUUUAAUUUAAUGUUAAUUUAAGUAAUCAAAUAUGGCUAGUGGCUAUUGUAUUGGAAAACUCAGCUCUAGGGUUUACAUCUUCUAAUUCUUAAUGAAAUGUUGAAGUAUGUGAUACUGGCCACAUGCAGGGAAGAUACACAAAGAAUUUAGAAUGUAAUAGCCUUCAUUAUAAAUUAUUGUCAGUCAGUAGAAUCUCUGGUUGAUACUUGAGUGAUAUCCCAUUAUGUGGACUCUUUACUGCUUGUCCUUUUGUAACUUGCCAGAAAAUCAUAGCACUGUUAUUUUCUCCAGAGUACUUCAGAAUUUUUGAAGAUAUUAACCUAGAAAACUCAUAAUUGCAAAUCUUACUGUUCUUCCAGGAGGCUGAACAAUAAAUUGCAGAAAGCUAGGUGUUUCAGAAGCAUAUUUUCGAUACGGUUUUUAUUGCUUUUGCAAGUUAGUAUUCAGUAGUUUUUUUUCCCGCGUGGGAACUAAUGUGAUUGAAUAUGAUUUUUCUAGUUGCUAAAAAUGAAUAGGUAGUUUUCAGAGAACUUCUUUUUAAAACUUUUUUAUGAUAUAUGGAAAUCUGUGACUUUUUUUCUUUCUCUUUUUUUAAGUUUAUAUAUUUGUUUUGAGAGAAAGAACAGGGAGAGAGACAGAGACAGAAUCCCAAGCAGGUUCUACACUGUCAACGUGGAGCCCGACUUGGAGCUCAAACUCCCGAACCGUGAGAUCAUGACCUGAGCCAAAACCAAGAGCCAGACAGUUAGCUGACUGAGCCACCCAGGCACCACCAAAGAACUUUUUUUUUCUUUUAAGUUUGUUUGUUUGUUUAUUUAGAGAGAAAGAGAGAGAGAGAGAACAUGCACACAGAGGGCAGGGGCAGAGAAAGAGGGAGAGAGAGAAUCCCAACCAGACUCCGCUCUGUCAGCACGGAACCCUCGAACCGUGAGAUCAAGACCUGAGGCAAGAGUCGGAUGCUUAACUAACUGAGCCACCCAGGCGCCCCAUGAGAACUUCGAGGUAUUAUGUAGAUUUUAGAGAUCCCCUUGUCUUUUGAUGAUUUUAGAAAGGGGAAUUCAUGAGAAGUGAUAUAAUUACCAGCAUCUUCAAAAAACAAUUAUUACUAAUGUGUCCAGGAAACUUUUGGUAAUGAUAUCAUUAUCACAUCUGUAGAAGGAUUUUCUAAGAGGUAACAUUUUUCCUCUGGCUUCUAGAAUGUUUCAGUGGAAGUCUGCUAUCACAAGUACUCUAAAUUUAGCCUCUCUUUUAAAUGUGCCUUAGCCCUUUGGAGCUUCCCAAAGUACUACCUCAAAUGAGGGCUGAUGCUUUUCUUUGCCAUCCUCUUGGUGUAUUAGUAGACAGUUGAAAGAUAAAAGACUUUUAACCCAGAUUGAAAUCCAAUUUGGAGAUACUUGUGUUAUACACAAUUCCUCCCUUCUUAACCUAGUCUUUUUCAGCAUUUUCAUCAGUGACUUGGUUAAAUGAUAUGCCUGUCAAAUUUGCUGAUGCUUAUGUGGUUUUGACAUUGCAUGAUAUAUUCAGACUCUAGAAGUAUCUCUACAGUCUGAAAUGAUGGGUUGAAAUUUGCCAGUUAAAUUUUUAAUUUUUAAAAAAAUUUUUAUGUUUAUUUAUUUUUGAGAGAGAGAGAGACAAAGUGCAAGUGGGGUAGGAGCAGAGAGGGAGGGAGACACAGAACCAAAGCAGGCUCCAGACUCUGAGCCGGGAGCACAGAACCUGAUGUGGGGCUCAUACUCACCAACUGUGAGAUCAUGACCUGAGCCGAAGUUGGAUGCUCAACCAGUUGAGCCACCCAGGCAUCCCUAAAUUUGCCAGAUAAAUUUUCAAAAGAACAAUAUGCAAGAUUCCCUUGUAUGUUCCUGUACAAGAACGCCUCUUUAUAAGUACAUACAAAAGUGAAGAGCAUGACUUAUUUUUAGGAUAUAUGUAAAGAAGACUGAAGGGUUUUUAAAAGAUUGUAUGUAACUCAGUACCAGUCAGUAGUAAAAUGUGGUUGACAGAAGGUCUUCUGUUGUUCUUGGUUUUAUUAGUAGAAAUGUAGUCAGCCAGAAUCAGAGAGAGAUGUUUCUCUUUCAUUUAGCAACAGAUACAUAUAUUGAGUGAAGCCAGGUAUGUUCUGGGAAGACGCCACCUGGAUAGUUGUGUUUGGUUCUCUGUUUAGUCAGACUUGGAGCAGUGGAAACCUAUUGAGAGAAACCUGAAGAGGGAAUUCAGAAUCUUGGUUCAAGGGAUAGAACGUGGAGGGUAAUGAUUGGCUUUGAACAAAAAGUAGACGGUGUGAAAGUUGGCAGUGAUGGCUGUCUUCAGAUAACUUUAGAGAUUGGUCACUUCCAUGGUAGAAGGAUUUGACGUUGAUGUGAUUUUAGGAAUAAUUAUUGGACCAGAGGGUAGAUGACAGAGAGAGAACUUUGGAGCCAGUAGAAGGGAAGACCUCUGCUGUGUCAGAACUCCAUUUAACAAUGAAAUGGAACUGUGUCUUGGGUUGCUCAAGUUUCAUAACCUCAAGGCCAUUUCAUAUAAGAGAUUUAAACUGUAGGUAUGUGGUUAGAUUAAAUGGCCUGUACUGUCCUCACGUCCAGUUUUUUCAGAGGCCUCAGAUACAGCCUCCUAGAGCUACCAUCCCGAACAGCAGUCCUUCCAUUCGUCCUGGUGCACAGACACCCACUGCAGUGUAUCAGGCCAAUCAGCACAUCAUGAUGGUUAACCAUCUGCCCAUGCCGUACCCAGUGCCCCAGGGCCCUCAGUACUGUAUCCCACAGUACCGUCAUAGUGGCCCUCCGUAUGUUGGGCCCCCACAACAAUAUCCAGUUCAGCCACCAGGGCCAGGGCCUUUUUAUCCUGGACCAGGACCUGGGGACUUCCCCAAUGCUUAUGGAACGCCUUUUUACCCAAGUCAGCCAGUGUAUCAGUCAGCACCAAUCAUAGUGCCUACGCAGCAGCAGCCCCCUCCAGCCAAGAGAGAGAAAAAAACCAUAAGAAUUCGGGAUCCCAACCAGGGAGGGAAAGACAUAACAGAGGAGAUUAUGUCUGGAGGUGGCAGCAGAAAUCCUACCCCACCCAUAGGGAGACCCACUUCCACACCUACUCCUCCUCAGCAGCUGUCCAGCCAGGUCCCUGAGCACAGCCCUCUGGUUUAUGGGACUGUGGAGAGCACUCAUCUUGCUGCCAGCACCCCUGUCACUGCAGCUAGCGACCAGAAGCAAGAAGAGAAGCCAAAACCAGAUCCAGUGUUAAAGUCUCCUUCCCCAGUCCUUAGGCUAGUCUUUAGCGGAGAGAAGAAAGAACAAGCAGGCCAGACGUUGGAGACUACUGUGGUAGAACCCAUGCCAGAGCUUCCCCUGCCUCCAUCACCUACCACUGUUUCUCCACUUGCUCGAAGUACCAUUGCUUCCCCCACCUCUGCUGCUCUUAGUAGCCAGCCAAUAUUCACCACUGCUGUAGAUGAUAGGUGUGAACUCUCUUCCUCAAAAGAAGACACAAUUCCUGUACCUAGCCCCACAUCUUGCACAGAGACAUCAGAUCCAUCACCAACAGAUGUAAUUGAUGAUGAUAUAUGCAAGAAAUCUUGUAGUGUAGCACCUAAUGAUAUUCCACUGAUUUCUAGUACUAACCUAAUUAAUGAAAUGAAUGGAGUUCGUGAAAAAUUACCAGCCUCGGAGAGCAUUGUGGAAAUAGUAAAACAGGAGGUGUUGCCAUUGACUCUUGAAUUGGAGAUUCUCGAAAAUGCCCCAGAAGAAAUGAAAGUGGAAUGUGUCCCAGCUCCCGUUACCCCUUCCACAGUUCCUUCCUUUUCUCCAUCUCCUCCAACUCCUCCAGCUCCUCCUCCUCCCACACCAGCCGGUGUUCCUGCUGCUGCCACUAAUGUUAGUAUGGCUGGUGUUCCCACCACGGUCCCUAGGGUCUUAGAAGAGGACGAGAGUGUGAGAACUUGCCUUAGUGAAGAUGCAAAAGAGAUUCAGAACAAACUAGAGGUAGAAGCAGACGGGCAAACAGAAGAGAUUGUGGAUUCUCAGAACCUAAGUUCAAGAAAGAGCCCCAGCCCAGCUCAGACAGCUGUAACUGCACCAAAGAUGUGGAAAAAACCAAAAGAUCGGACCCGAACCACUGAAGAGGUGUUGGAGGCAGAAGUGGAGCCUAAAGCUGAAGAGGAGCUUUCAGGCGACAAAGUACUUGAAUCUGAACAGGAUAAAAUGAGCCAAGGGUUUCAUCCUGGAAGAGAACCCUCCGACCUAAAAAAAGUAAAAACUGUGGAAGAAAAUGGAGAAGAAGCUGAGCCUGUACGUAAUGGUGCUGAGAGUAUUUCUGAGGGUGAAGGAGUAGAUGCUAAUUCAGGCUCCACUGAUAGUUCUGGUGAAGGGGUGACAUUCUCAUUCAAACCAGAUUCCUGGAAGCCUGCUGAUACUGAGGGCAAGAAGCAGUAUGACAGGGAGUUUUUGCUGGACUUUCAGUUCAUGCCAGCCUGUAUACAGAAACCAGAGGGCCUGCCUCCCAUCAGUGACGUGGUUCUGGACAAAAUCAACCAACCCAAAUUGCCAAUGCGAACUCUGGAUCCUCGGAUUUUGCCUCGAGGACCAGAUUUUACUCCAGCCUUUGCAGAUUUUGGAAGGCAAACCCCUGGUGGAAGAGGUGUACCUAUUUGCAAAGCGCAGAGCAGGCAUGGAUCGCCAAUUCUGGAACAGAGCAAAGCCCCAGCUUGCGCUCCACUGGCGAUGUCGCACCCACCCCUGAAGAGCCUGCCUCUUGGGUUGUUGAACGUUGGACCACGGAGAUCUCAACCUGGCCAGAGAAGAGAGCCCAGGAAGAUCAUUACAGUCUCUGUGAAAGAAGAUGUGCACCUGAAAAAGGCAGAGAAUGCCUGGAAGCCCAGCCAAAAACGAGACAGCCAAGCUGAGGAUCCUGAAAACAUUAAAACCCAGGAACUUUUUAGAAAAGUUCGAAGUAUCUUAAAUAAAUUGACACCACAGAUGUUCAACCAACUGAUGAAGCAAGUGUCAGGACUUACCGUUGACACAGAGGAGCGGCUGAAGGGAGUCAUUGACCUGGUCUUUGAGAAGGCUAUCGAUGAGCCCAGUUUCUCUGUGGCUUACGCAAACAUGUGUCGAUGUCUAGUAACGCUGAAAGUACCCAUGGCAGACAAACCUGGUAACACAGUGAAUUUCCGGAAGCUGCUCCUGAACCGUUGCCAGAAAGAGUUUGAAAAAGAUAAAGCAGAUGAUGAUGUCUUUGAAAAGAAGCAGAAAGAACUCGAGGCUGCCAGUGCUCCAGAGGAGAGGACGAGGCUUCAUGACGAACUAGAAGAAGCUAAGGACAAAGCCCGGCGCAGAUCCAUUGGUAACAUCAAGUUUAUUGGAGAGCUCUUUAAACUCAAGAUGCUGACUGAAGCUAUCAUGCAUGACUGUGUGGUGAAGCUGCUGAAGAACCACGACGAGGAGUCCCUAGAGUGCCUCUGCCGCCUGCUCACCACCAUAGGCAAAGACCUGGACUUUGAGAAAGCGAAGCCACGUAUGGACCAGUAUUUUAAUCAGAUGGAGAAAAUUGUGAAAGAAAGAAAAACCUCAUCUAGGAUUCGAUUCAUGCUUCAGGAUGUGAUAGACCUAAGGCUGUGCAACUGGGUAUCUCGAAGAGCAGAUCAAGGGCCUAAGACUAUCGAACAGAUUCACAAAGAGGCUAAAAUAGAAGAACAAGAAGAGCAAAGGAAGGUCCAGCAGCUCAUGACCAAAGAGAAGAGACGAACAGGUGUCCAGAGAGUGGAUGAAGGUGGAUGGAACACUGUACAGGGGGCCAAGAAUAGUCGGGUACUAGACCCCUCAAAAUUCCUUAAAAUCACUAAGCCCACAAUUGAUGAGAAAAUUCAGCUGGUACCUAAAGCACAGCUGGGCAGUUGGGGAAAGGGCAGCAGUGGUGGAGCAAAGGCAAGCGAGACCGAUGCCUUACGGUCAAGUGCUUCCAGUUUAAACAGAUUCUCUGCUUUGCAACCUCCAGCACCCUCAGGGUCUACAUCGUCUACGCCUUUAGAGUUUGAUUCCCGACGGACCUUAACCAGUCGUGGAAGCGUGGGCAGGGAGAAGAAUGACAAGCCCCUGCCGUCUGCAGCAGCUCGUCCCAAUACUUUCCUGAGAGGCGGCAGCAGCAAAGACCUGUUGGACAAUCAGUCUCAAGAAGAGCAACGCAGGGAGAUGCUAGAGACCGUGAAGCAGCUUACGGGAGGCAUGGACGUGGAGAGGAGCAGCGCUGAGGCUGACCGAAACAAGGGCCGGGAGUCAGUAGUGAAGCCAGAAAUUCCAGCAACAGCAGCCCCUGACAAGCCUGCGUUGUCAGAAUUGGAGAUGGAGAGGAAGUCUAAAUCUAUCAUUGAUGAGUUUCUACACAUUAAUGAUUUUAAGGAAGCCAUGCAGUGUGUAGAAGAGCUGAAUGCCCAGGGCCUGCUACAUGUGUUUGUGAGAAUGGGAGUGGAGUCCACCCUGGAAAGGAGCCAGAUCACCAGGGAUCACAUGGGCCAAUUACUGUAUCAGCUGGUGCAGUCAGAAAAACUCAGCAAACAGGACUUUUUCAAAGGUUUUUCAGAAACGUUGGAAUUGGCAGAUGACAUGGCUAUUGAUAUUCCCCACAUUUGGUUGUACCUUGCUGAACUGGUGACCCCCAUGUUAAAAGAAGGUGGAAUCUCUAUGAGAGAACUUAUCAUAGAAUUUAGCAAACCUUUACUUCCUGUUGGAAGAGCUGGGGUCUUACUUUCUGAAAUAUUGCACCUUCUAUGCAAACAAAUGAGCCAUAAGAAAGUGGGAGCCUUAUGGAGGGAGGCUGACCUCACCUGGAAGGACUUUUUACCAGAAGGGGAAGAUGUACAUAAUUUUCUCUUGGAGCAGAAGUUGGACUUUAUAGAGUCUGACAGUUCCUGUUCCUCUGAAGCACUUUCAAAAAAAGAACUCUCUGCUGAAGAGCUAUAUAAGCGACUCGAGAAACUCAUUAUUGAAGACAAAGCAAAUGAUGAACAGAUCUUUGACUGGGUAGAGGCUAAUUUAGAUGAAAGCCAGAUGAGUUCACCUACAUUCCUUAGAGCUUUAAUGACAGCUGUUUGUAAAGCAGCUAUUAUAGCCGACUGUUCUACCUUCCGAGUGGACACUGCUGUUAUCAAGCAGAGAGUGCCGAUCUUACUCAAGUACCUAGACUCAGAUACGGAGAAGGAACUGCAAGCACUUUAUGCACUACAAGCAUCAAUAGUAAAACUUGAUCAACCUGCCAAUUUGCUACGGAUGUUUUUUGAUUGCCUAUAUGAUGAGGAGGUGAUCUCCGAGGAUGCCUUCUACAAGUGGGAAAGCAGCAAGGACCCUGCAGAGCAGAAUGGGAAGGGUGUAGCUCUGAAAUCUGUCACUGCGUUCUUCACGUGGCUGCGGGAAGCAGAAGAGGAGUCUGAGGAUAACUAAAGCUUCAAAUACACAAAACGAAACAAAAGAAACAAUUUAAGUAUUUUUUUAAAAAGUUUCACGUCUUCGCCAAUCACAGUGCAGCAAGGCCAAUUCUCGCAGAAAUCCCCACGUGUGCACGAGUGGGAGAGGGGAAAGAGAAAAAAGGUGAUCAUGGAGGAAAAAGGUACUGGAAAAAAGUAAACUUCAAACCUGAGGGCGGGAGCACUAAAACCAAAAUACAUGUAUUAUUUAUAGAAAAUAUUUUCUGUUUUAAUCUUUUCUUUUUAAACAAGGACUCAUACUUUAAAAAAACACAUCUGUUUAGCAAAAAAAAAAAAAAAAAAAGUUGAGAACUUUUAAUUUAUUUUAAGGACUGCAAAUGCCAGUGUAAUUUUUUAAUUUGCAGUUUCUGUAAACAACUUGUAUAAUAGAAAAGCAGAGAAAUAAAUUUCCCUCCCCUUCAAAUGCACCUCACGUUUGUUUUAAAGCAUAGUAGUUAGUCCAGAUUUAAGAAGGUUUGGGGUGAACAAGGUAAGAAAGAUUUUUUUUUUUUUUUUUGGCAUCAAAUCUUUCUGCCUGCCUCUCAG